AUGUCGGAGCCGAGUCCGCCGGAGAGCUUGGUGAAGUACGACGCCCCCAUCUUCACAGGCGAGCACAAUGAAGGAGGCAAGAAGGCCAAACCAGCACCAGGCACGAAAAUAGAUCCCGUCUCACGCAUCGAAGACGUAUUGAAUGCGAUGCUCCCACCACAAACAUGGAAGGAGGAAACAGGUCAUUGGAUGCGCUACACGUCCGCAGAACCAUCCACUCGAUUUGACGUGAUCAAGCUUCAAGAACAAAUGGAUGCCAAGCUGAUUAAACGUCAAGCGCGUGAAAGCGGGAUUUGCAACGUUCGCGAAGACAUAUACGCUCAGUGCUUUGAUGAACUCAUACGAGAAGUCACGAUCAAUUCUCCGGAACGAGGUCUUCUGCUUCUGCGCAUCCGAGAUGAAAUUCGCAUGACCACUGAUGCGUACAAGACGUUAUACGACAGCAGCAUCACGUUCGGCGUGCGGAAGCAGUUGCAGGCCGAGCAAGGGAUGGGGUCGAUCGAAGACAAGAUUGCGUUGCUUGCAGAAGAAAAGCGAGAGUACGAGAACAAGGUGCUGGAGCUGACCAACAAAUUGGAAGUGAUCGAAAAGCGCGGGAGCGAGCGACGUGCGCUGCAGGAGAAGCGAUACAAAGAAGAAAUUGAGUUCCUCAAGUACCAAGGGCAGCACUUGGACGCGUUCCUCAAGUCUGCCGGGGGAGCAGGCAAGUAAGUGUAGGUUCAUCAUGUUGUACAAGCGGCUUGUCAUGGAAAUAUCUGUCUGCUGUGCUGGACGGCUACAAAUCAAAAUUCUUC